AUGGCGCUACCCUCCACCAUCUCGGCGGCUCAGGCCCACCUCGGAGACGGCCUCCCCACCGCGCUCAUCACCACCGCAUCGCAGGCGCACCCCAAGCCCGCCGACCAGACGUUCACCUACGGCACCGCCGGCCUGCGCACGCGCGCCGACAUCCUCGACAGCACAUGCUUCCGCGUCGGCCUCAUCGGUGCACUCCGCAGCAAGAAGCUCAAGGGCAAGACCAUCGGCCUCAUGGUCACCGCAAGCCACAACCCGGAGCACGACAACGGCGUCAAGAUGGUCGAUCCGCGCGGAGAGAUGCUCGAGUCCAGCUGGGAGCCCUUCUGCACCCACAUCGCCAAUGCGGCGGACGACGACGAGCUCAUCGCCUCGCUCGACAAGCUCGUCGCACACUUCAAGAUCGACCUCGCCGCCCCGGCCUCGGUGGUGGUGGGCUACGACACGCGUCCGUCGUGCAAGCAGCUCGUCCAGGCCAUCGUCGACGGCCUCGCGGCGUUCGGCGCACAGACCAUCGAUGCCGGCCUCAAGACGACGCCCCAGCUCCACUACCUCGUCAAGUGCCUCAACACCCAGGGAACCCCGGACGCGUACGGCGAGCCCACCGAGCAGGGCUACUACAAGAAGCUCGCCGCCGCCUUUCUGCGCCUCGUGCCCAAGUCGUCCGACGUGCCGCCGCUCGUGGUCGACUGCGCCAACGGCGUGGGUGCCUAUGCGCUCACCAAUUUCAUCAAGUAUCUCCCAGAGGACCGCAUCGCCUUCCGUCCGCUCCGCACCAACACCACCACCGCCGGCGCGCUCAACAGCGGCUGCGGCGCCGACUAUGUCAAGACCAACCAGUGCCUGCCUGUGGGCUUUGAAAAGGAGGGCCUGCAGCCGGGAGAACGCAUGUGUUCGUUCGACGGCGACGCCGACCGCAUCGUCUACUACUACCUCACGGGCCCGCCCACCUCCAAGGACUCGUUCCGGCUGCUCGACGGCGACAAGAUCGCGUCGCUCGCAGCAGGCUACCUCUCGGAGCUGGUGCAGCAGGCUGGCAUCAAGCUCGAGCUCGGGUGUGUGCAGACCGCCUACGCCAACGGCAGCUCCACCAAGUACCUCAAGCAGCGCGUCCCCGUCACGUGCACGCCGACGGGAGUGAAGCAUCUGCACCACGCCGCCGAGUCGUACGACAUUGGCGUGUACUUUGAGGCCAACGGGCACGGCACGGUGCUCUUUUCGCCCUCGGCACAGCGCAAGAUCAAGGAGGCCUCGCCGUCGUCGCCCGCGGCGCAGACGGCGCUCGAGCAGCUCGGUGCGCUCGUCGACCUCAUCAACCAGACGGUGGGCGAUGCCAUCUCGGACAUGCUGCUGGUCGAGGUGAUCCUGCGUGCGCGCCAGUGGGGACCCAUCGAGUGGGACGGCGCCUACGAGGAUCUGCCCAAUAAGAUCCUCAAGGUCAACGUCAGGGACCGCUUCGUCUUUAAGACCGAGGAUGCCGAGCGCAGGCUCACCAGCCCGCCUGGGCUUCAGGAGCGCAUCGACGAGCUUGUGGGCAAGUACAAGGACGCGCGCAGUUUUGUGCGUCCCAGCGGCACCGAAGACUGCGUGCGCGUCUAUGCAGAGUGCGCCAUCGCCUCGGAACUCGCACCGCUCGCCAACGGCGUCGCCAAGCUCGUCUCGGACUACGCCUCGCUCUCCUGA